AUGCGGGCCCGCAUGGCCCGGCAGGGCCGCGGCGCGCCCAGCGCCGCCCUCUGCUCGGCCAUGGAGGGCCAGGCCGCGGACUGGGGGAAGGUGAGGCAGAUGGCGCGGCGCAUCGCGGAGCCGGAGUACACGCUGCGGGACUUCAACAGGGACCUCGACGCCUUCCCAGAGCUCAGCCUGUACCUGCUGGACGGCGAGCGCCGGGGUUCCCAGGCGCAGCACACAAAUUCGGGCCGCACGAUUGGGGACGAGUACCAGCGGACGGUGGGGGCCUUCUUCGCCAUCUACUGGCUCAUGAGGCUCCACGUGGACGGCAAGGACGGCUUCGCCUUCGGCGUGGACGAGGACUGGGUGCCGGUGCGGCCGGAGACCGCCGAGAGGCGGCAGCUGCGCCCGGCCGACAAGAGGCUGGCGUUCCGGGAGCAGGGCAGGUGGGACAACUUCACGCGGCUGCUGGUCGACGCCGGUCUGAUGCGGCAAGAGGGCGGCGGCGUCUCCGUGUGCGAAGUGCGCCUCGUGUCCCUGCUCGCCCUGACGGCGAUCCACGAUUCUAUAGGCUUGCCCUUGCCGUGCAGGUGCAGGAGGAGCACUCGCCCUACCACGGCUACUCGGCCGGGGACACCAUUGGAAGAACUCAGGCUGGGCUACGUCAUGGACCACUACCCUGGCCUGCUGCCUUCCUUCAGGGGCCUCGACAGCGCCGAGCGGCUGUCCGUGCAGUUCACCCAGUGCAACCUGCAGUUCAACCACGGCUGGUUCGUGCAGGCGGAGGGCCCGCCCGGCGCCAUCCUCACGAAGUUCCGCGAGGUCCUGAUCCGCGACCACAAGUCCCAGAUCAAGCCGCGCGACAUCGCCCUCUACUUCGUGCACUGGCUCACCGACCUGGCGGGCGCCGAGCCCACGCCCCUCGGGGGCUGCGAGAAGUUCGUGGUCAAGUUCCCCCUGGCCGUCCUCAACAGCUUCCUCCGCUCCUUCGAGUACGUCGAGCGGAUCGCGGAGAGCACGGAGACGGAGGUCAUGGAGUCGUACUUGAAGAUGCGUUGGCAGGAGAACGAACUGUCGCCGGGGCCCGUCCCGACUGGCGACAGCGCGGUUGCCAAGAUGCGGCUGCUCUGCAUGGCGCAGACGAACGCCUUGCCCGUGCUCCACGGCUUCGCCGAGCUUCCCGAGGAGGACCGCGAGAUUCUGAGCACGGAGAUGGCGCGCACCGGCUGCAUUGGCCAGAGCUACUCGGCAGACAUCGUGCCGCCCGAGGUGCGCAACAACCCUGUCGGGCCAGCGUUUCUCCUCGGGGCGGCGGACUACGGGCCCGCCUUCCUGCAGAGCCUGGGGGGCGAGAGCGCGGCGACGAGGCUGGGCGUGCUCUCGGAGAUCUACCGCUGCGCGAGGGCCUUGUGGCCGUCGUCCGCGGCGGCGGUCGCGUGCACGGUCACGAUCCGGAUAGACACGAUCAAGGCCCUCUCCACUGCCGCGAUGCGGGACGCGAUGGUGCUCGGCGACAUGUGGAUACUGGUCAAGCACAACAACCGCGAGGCGUUCAUCGAGAGGUCCUCCAAGAGGAAGCUGAACAGGUUUAUCCAGAACGGGCAGAGCAUCCAGGUCCUGGACCUGUCGCUCCUGCAGUGCUGA